AUGUUCCGUGGACUGCUUCACUUGUUAACGGUGCCCUCCUUUCUUUCUGUUCUGGCUUAUGGCUCGACCUCUCUCCAAACCUUUUGGCCUGCUGCCGUUCCUUUAGCUGUACGUUCACCCUACCUUAGUGCUUGGCAAAGUACUACUAAGGGCAUCAAUGUGACGAGCGAAUGGUCGCGAUUUUGGCCUAAUCAUGGCUUGCUUUUAGGCUGGACGGGACACAUCAGAGUGGACUCCACUACGUACAGGUGGCUUGGAAAUGACACUUGGUCAACAGCAGGAAAUCUUGCCGGCAUAGAGGUCACACCAACGCGUACCAUUUACAACGUUCAGGCCGGCCCGAUGGAUGUUACGAUCACCUUCCUUUCUCCCAUAGAGCCGUCGGACUGGGUCCGGCAAUCUAUCCCCUUCUCUUACAUGGCCGUCAAUGCCAGUUCUAACGAUGGACUAGCACACUCGGUGCAGCUUUAUUCCGAUAUUACUGCAGAGUGGGUAUCCGGCAACCGGUCCGCUCUGGUAAACUGGAGUACUGCCACCACGGACCAAAGUGUAUAUCACAAGAUUGAGCUCACAUCGCCGACUGCGUUCGAAGAAAUACAAAAUCAAGCUAACGAUGGUGUUGCCUAUUACUCAAUGACCAUGGGCCCCCACGUAACGUAUCAGACAGGCUCGGCUCCGACCGUCCGCACCCAAUUUCAGCAACAAGGUAGUUUACAAAAUACGAACGAUACCGACUUCCGCAUCAUUGGGCCAGCCGAUCAGCCAGUCUUUGCAAUUUCUGUAAACCUUGGUAGCAUCCAGGCGACUCAAUCGUCUGUUGUCUGGGCAAUUGGUUACGUUCGAGACCCAUCGAUCAAGUAUACCACCUCUUCAGGCCAAACCCAACUUCGCAGCCCGUAUUAUCGAACACAAUAUUCAUCCGUUCAAGACAUCAUUUCGGAAUUCUUGUCUGACUACAGCAAUGCGGAGACGCGAGCAGAAGAUCUCGAUAAUCAACUGAUGCAGGCGUCAUCGAGUAUUUCUAAUGAAUACAGCCAAAUUGUAUCCCUCGCUGCUCGUCAAACAUUUGGCUCGAUAGAUAUCACUGUUGCCAACGGGACCGAUGGCAACUGGAACACUUCCGAUGUGAUGAUUUUUAUGAAAAAUAUGGGGAUCGACGGACGAGUAAAUCCUGUAGAGAUUAUGUACGCCUCAUUCCCCCUAUUCCUUUACCUCAACGCGUCGUUCGGUAAACCACUUUUGGCACCUCUUUUCGAGUAUCAAGAUUCCCCUCAGACCGCUUUACCAUACGCGAUGUCUGAUCUUGGGGGAUCAUACCCGAUUGCAUCCGGAGAGAAUGGAACAUCGAGCGAGAGUGAGAGUUCUUGGGGUAUCGAACGCAAAAUCUGGAAAUAUGCUCAUCAUGACUCUGGCUCAUGCGAGGCUGACUGGAGAUGGUUCACUGAUUGGCCAACAUUAUGGCCUCCUUAA